AUGGCGAGAUUCCUGCGUAAAUUCAUACACCAUGAAGCACGGACAGGAUCGACCUUACAGUCCUUCCUACAAGCCCAGCAACCUGAUUUGGAUACCAUCUCUUUGCUACUUCGUCAUUUGACUACGGUCCAUCUAGGGGAUAAGAAGACACCUCAUCGCAUCAUGGAUGUUGCUUGGUAUCUCCAAGAUAGAGGGGAUACACUAUUAGCCCGACAGCAGGUCGGACAUGAAUUGGUGACCCCCUCACCGACGGCAUUAGCUCAUGUGGCCUUGGCUAUGGCGGCUGUGGUUAACUACGACAUACCCAAAAGGGACAUGCAGAGCAUUCGAGCUGUGGUGGUUGCAUGUGCCACUCGGGGGCUCGCUCUCGCAGCUUCGAGGAAGGACCUCCCUCNNNNAAGUGAUCACCCGAGCGGUUGA